AUGGGUAAAGUUUUCAAAGCUUUGGAGGUUUGUGAAAUGAUGAAAGUGGCUGGCAAAAAACAUAACAUGAAGACUUAUUCCAUGUUGAUCAAUGGAUUCAUAAAAUUAAAAGAUUGGGCAAAUGCAUUUGCGGUGUUUGAAGAUGUAAUGAGAGAUGGUUUAAAACCAGAUGCUGUGCUCUACAACAACAUCAUUAGAGCAUUCUGUGGCAUGGGUAACAUGGGUCGCGCCAUUCAAACUGUUGAGGAUAUGCAAAAAGAGAGACAUAGGCCUACAUCACGGACUUUUAUGCCAAUCAUACAUGGUUUUGCAAGAGCUGGAGAUAUGCGAAGUGCCCUGGAGAUCUUUGAUAUGAUGAGGAGGAGUGGAUGCACUCCAACUGUGCACACAUUCAAUGCUCUGAUUCUCGGCCUUGUUGAAAAGCGUCAGAUGGAGAAGGCUGUUGAAAUUCUAGAUGAGAUGAUGCUUGCAGGCAUUAGCCCAAAUGAGCACACAUACACAACUAUUAUGCAUGGUUAUGCAUCAUUGGGUGAUACUGGGAAAGCUUUUGAGUAUUUCUCUAAACUAAAAAAUGAGGGGCUGGAUCUUGAUGUGUACACGUACGAGGCAUUACUCAAAGCAUGUUGCAAGUCAGGCAGGAUGCAAAGCGCUCUAGCGGUGACAAAAGAAAUGAGUGCUCAAAAAAUUCCUAGAAACACCUUUGUCUACAACAUAUUAAUAGAUGGAUGGGCUCGAAGAGGUGAUGUUUGGGAGGCUGCUGACUUGAUGCAACAGAUGAAACAAGAAGAGGUUCAACCAGACAUCCAUACUUACACUUCUUUCAUAAAUGCUUGUUGCAAAGCUGGAGACAUGCUGAGAGCAACAAAAACUAUUCAAGAGAUGGAAGCUGUUGGGGUAAGGCCAAAUGUAAAAACGUAUACCACCCUAAUACAUGGUUGGGCUCGUGCAUCUCUCCCUGACAAGGCUUUGAGUUGCUUUCAAGAGAUGAAGUUGGCUGGCUUGAAGCCAGACAAAGCCGUGUAUCAUUGUUUGAUGACUUCAUUGCUAUCAAGGACUAGCAUUGCCGAAGAGUACAUUUACUCGGGGAUACUGUGUGUGUGUGGAGAGAUGGUGCAAUCUGGACUGACAGUUGAUAUGGGGACUGCCGUUCACUGGUCCAAGUGUUUGCGCAAGAUUGAGAACACAGGUGGAGAGAUCACAGAAGCCCUGCAGAAGACUUUCCCACCUGACUGGAAUUCGUACAAAACUCUUGAUGUAGUUUCCGAUACUGAGGAUAGCGAUGUUGGCUCAGAUGACAGUAACUCUGAUGAUGGCUUAUAUUAUGAUACUUACAUCGAUGGUGAUGAUGAUUCUAACUUUGAUAACUUACGGCAGUUUUAAUACUAUUAGUGGAGAGCUUGAUCAUUGGUAUAUGUAGAAUAGAAUCUCCUAUCUAUCUCAAUGGUGUCUGUGAGAUGUUUUAUUGGCUACUGGUCCCAGAUGCAAUGCCUUACUUUUAUAAUUUUCUGAGCUCUUGAUGAUACCCAAUAAUGUUGUAUUUUGUCUUUUCUCAUUUUGAUUUCGUUAAGAAAUCCGUGUAAAAUUGAGUUUCUCAGUUUCUAAUCAAUUGCAGUGCACAUUGUGG